AUGGAUCUAUUGAUGGAGCGCUUGGAGUCUGAUGUUGACAAAAUAAUGCAUCACAAGCUGCAACUUAAGCCAUCCGAUUACUUAACGGACGAGGAGGAUGAGUUCAAGGAAGAAGAAGAUGAUGAAGGUACUACUUUUGAUCCUCAUCGUUUCGUUACCGAGGCUGCAGCGUGUUUCGUUACCAAACACCCCACGGCCUCUCACGCCGCCCGCUCCAUUUUGCUGUGUGAAAGCAUUGCGAAGAGGCUUUUCACACCCGAAUCAGAUCAAUCUAUGAAUUGGAAGAGUGGGAGAAGUUUAGGAAAUUGGUUUUGGCGCCCUUGCGCAAUUAUUGGUAUCGUCAAGGAAUGUUUGACCAUCGCUGGAGCUGGGUGUUUGAGAAGCAGAAGUUGUGGCAUCUUCAAACCGCAGUUAACAGUGACAGGCAGAGGAGCUAUGAGGUUGAGAAGUAUUUGGAGGAGGUGCAAGUAG